AUGCAGUAUACGUCCAUUCUUUUAACACUAUGUUCGUGGUUUGCAAUUAUAUCUGCAUUCACACCAGAAAUUUCAGUCCUAGAAUCUGAUACCAUUUCCAAGUUGAUAAGGUAUUUUGAUGAUUCGUCAACUAUUUUGAUCUUGAGAGAUCGAGCUGCAUUAAUUUCGUUUGAUGAUGGAAAGCUGUUUGAUCCAGUGAAGAACAUUGAAGAUCCAGUAGUAAAUAUUCAGUUUGAUCCGUUUGUUAAAAGUCGAGCAUUCAUCUUGACAAUGUCCAAACAUCAUUACGUGACAAAUGAUAAAGGUAAGUCGUGGACCAAGUUUACAUCCGAUGUCUAUGACUUUGAAGGAGGCGGAUUGGCUUCAAUACCAAAAUUGGAAUUUAACGCAGCCAACCCGGAUAUGUUACUUAUGUCGAACUACCAGUGUCCUGACGAAAGUUACAACCACAAAUGCCAACACAUAUUUCACUACACAAAAGACCAGUUCCGUACAGCAUCCAAGAAAUUACCGAUCAAUGCUCACGUUUGCAGGUUUUCGAGGUCCACUAAAGAGUCUAACAUUGGAAACGAGGGAACCAUUUACUGUUCUGAAAAUGAGCUCAACUCUUACAAACACAUUGUCAAGUCUCGGCUUUACCGAUUUGAUGAUUCUUUUAAAACCAGUAAGGAGCUUUUUUUGACUGAGACUGGAAAUGGAGCUAUAAUUGACAUCAAGAUUGAGGAGAAUUUCAUGACCGUGGUUAUGAGGAAUGACAAGUUCAAAGAAGAAUCAAAAGUGGACAUGUAUGUGUCAAAAGAUGGAAAUGAAUUCCUUAAAGCUGAUUUACAAGUUGACGUAAAGUAUGGGGUAAUGUCUUUCCAUUCCUCGUCGCCAUCGGCUCUAUUUCUUCUGACCAUGUCCUAUGGUAGAGGCUCUUCUCGGGCUUCGAAGUUGUUUAGGUCGGAUUCGUUGGGGUUACAUUUUACUGAGGUACUUGGAGACAUAGCCAGUGACGUUGUUUUGAAAGUAGAAAAUAUCGAUGGAGCUUGGCUCGCUGAUAUUCAGGUUGAAAGGGCAGAAGACUCAGAAAAGACGCUUUUGGAUAUAAUCUUUGGUGGUGGAAAAUCAAAGGACUUGAUUUCUAAAUACUCCUACAAUGAUGGUGAUGAUUGGAUUCCUCUUAAACUGAACAGUGAUGGUUGUAAACUUGAAGAUGGAUGCUCUGUACAUUUGUGGGCAUUUAGUGAACUUGGCGGCGAAGGAAAAUUUAUAACGGGUCCAACACCAGCAAUAUUAAUGGGUGUGGGAACUGAGGGGAAACACCUCAGCCAUGAUUUUAAUGAAAUGCAGACAUUUGUAUCUCGUGACGGUGGAUACUCCUGGGAUUUGGCAUUGGACACAGCAUGUGUCUUUUCCUUUGGUGAUCAGGGAAAUGUAAUUCUAGCAAUGCCUUAUGCCGGAGUGAAAAAGACAGACCCUGUGAAUUUUUUUUAUUACUCAUUAAACCAGGGUAAAGACUGGGAAAAAGUGGAUAUUAAAGAUGCAAUUUACAUUUUGGAUUUUAUAACGACUAUUGAUGGCUCAUCUCGUAAAUUUUUAAUCCAUGGAAUAAGCCUCAAUUCUCAUACAGGAGAAAACAAGGAGUUGUUGUACCAUGUUGACUUCUCCAAGGCAUAUAAUGGCAAGACUUGUGAAGACACUGACUUUGAGGACGCAUAUGCUAGACAAGUUCCAGAUAAUGAACGCCUAUGUGUUUACGGACACAAGGAGAAGUUCAGAAGAAGAAAGCAAGACGCAGAAUGUUUUGUUAAUAAGUUAUUUGAAGAUGUGCAUGUUUAUGAGGAGCCUUGUCAAUGUGUUGAGCAAGAUUUUGAAUGCGCAUUGGGAUUCAAACCGAGUGAGAAAGGUGGCAAUACAUGUAUUCCUGAUCCAAGAAUGAUUAUCAAGAUGUGUCAGGAGCAAUCGAAAGAUGUUCUUGAAAUUUAUGACAAGUCAAAAAUAAAUGGUAAUCUAUGUGAAUUGAGAAAGAAAAAGUUGGAAGAUUUUGCAACAAAAGAAAAGCUCAAAUGUUCCGACUACACGAAACCGAAAGAUGACCCCAGUGGUGACACUCUGGAAAUUAAGAUUUCAUCGAGCGAAUUUGAAGGCAAGUUGGCACAGUACGCUUAUCUUGGUAACAAUGAAAACAGUAUUUCUGAUAAUGUUGUCUUCAAAAGUAACGAAGACAGUGUAUGGGUAUCUAACAACGGAGGAGUUAGCUUUAUAAAGGUGCCCAUCCACGACAAGAUUCUUGGUUUCUAUAUUGGGAUGAUACCAGGCCAGAUUGUUCUUGUUUCUGAUUCGGAUACACUUUACUACUCAGAAGAUGGGGGUGAAGUUUUCCAAAGAUUCAAAACACCAAAAAAAUACGUACCUGUCGUGUCACAUGCUGUUGCAUUCCACAAGACAGAUCCAUCGAAGUACUUGUGGCUUGGUGGUGACUGUGAUAGAGGUGAAAGUAACUGCAAAGCUUCGGCAUAUCUCACUUCAACCUAUGGCGAAUCAUUCAAGAAGAUUAUGGAUGAUGUUGUUGCUUGUGACUACGUGGGUCCUGUCUUUAAGAAACCAGCUGAGAACUUGAUUUAUUGUACUAAAGUUGAGAAUGACGGGAAGAAGAGCUUGUAUUCAAUCGAUGGGCUGAAGAGUCCGCAAAAGAUAUACGAUGAUGUCGUGGGGUAUGCUGUCUCGAAUAGAUAUGUCGUUGUUGCUUUGGUCAAAGAUGGGUCACUCGAAGCUAAAGUCACUGUUGACGGGAAAAUCUUUGCCGACGCAGAUUUCCCCAAGGAUCUCAAAGUCGAACCCCAUCAAGCAUACACUGUUUUGGAUUCAAGUUCAGGAUCUAUUUUCAUGCAUGUCACUACUAGUUCGCAAAGUGGGUUUGAGUAUGGAUCUCUUUUGAAGUCCAAUUCCAACGGUACCUACUUUGUUUUGGCAUUGGAUCAUGUUAAUAGAAAUGAGGUUGGCUAUGUUGAUUUCGAUCGGAUCGAUGGAUUGGAGGGUACCAUAUUGGCGAAUGUCGUUUCCAAUUUCAGGGACAGUAAAGGACCCAAGAAAUUGCAAACGCUCAUCUCGAGAAAUGACGGUAGUGAAUGGGAUUACUUGGUACCGCCUGCAGUAGAUUCGGAUGGUAAAAAGUACGAUUGUGGUGGAUCGUCACUUGAAAAAUGUGCUUUGCAUCUACAUGGCUUCACAGAGCGUGCUGAUUAUAGAGAUACUUAUUCUUCUGGUUCUGCAGUCGGGUUUUUAAUUGGCGUAGGUAAUGUUGGAGAGUAUUUGGGCGAUGUUGACUCGGCAUUAACUUUUUUGAGUGUUGACGGUGGUGUCACUUGGAGAGAAAUUAAGAAGGGAGUUUACCAAUGGGAAUAUGGAGAUCAAGGUACAAUUUUGGUACUAGUCGAUGCUGUUGGUGAGACUGACAAGUUCCUUUAUUCAUUAGAUGAAGGCAAGAAUUGGAACGAGUACAAAUUUGCCGAUAAGGCAGUGAACGUAUUAGACCUAGCAACUGUUCCCACUGAUACUUCAAGAAAAUUUCUCAUUUUCGCACAUCAUCCAAAAGAUACGAGAGAUACAUUAUCCUACUCAAUUGACUUUACCAACAUCUACAAACGUCAAUGCCAAUUGGAUCUCGAUCACCCUGAUUCCGAUGAUUAUGAAUAUUGGUCACCAUCUCAUCCAAACAUGGCAGACAAGUGUCUCUUCGGCCACGAGUCGAAAUACUUGCGUCGUGCAUUGGGCCAUAAUGACUGUUUUAUUGGCGGCGCACCCUUGACUGAGGGCUAUAAAGUGACCAAAAACUGUUCAUGUACUAGGCGUGAUUAUGAAUGUGACUACAACUAUUAUCGUGAUUCUAAAGAUAACACGUGUAAGUUGGUGGCAGGGUUGUCUUCAAAUGACCGCAAAAAGGACAUGUGCAGUAAGCCGGGAGCAUUCCAAUAUUUUGAUAGUACCGGAUACAGGAAAAUCCCGCUUUCGACCUGUGAAGGAGGUAAGCAAUACGACACAUAUAGUCCACAUGCAUGCCCUGGCAAAGAACAAGAAUUUAAUGAAUUUUAUGGACGUGAAGUCAAAGGUGGCAAAUUGUUUUUCCUCAUUUUCAUCCCCUUGAUUAUUUUCAUUGGUGCUACUUGGUUUGUUUACGAUCGUGGGGUAAGAAGAAACGGUGGAUUUGAAAGACUAGGACAAAUUAGAUUAGACGAGCAAGAUUUUGAAGAAGGAUUCAACCCCAUUGAAAAUAACCAAGUUGAUGCUGUUGUGAAUAAAAUUGUGAAAGGAGGUGUUUAUACCGCGGCUGUUAUUUUUGCCACUUUUAAAACAGUGCAAAAGAUUGAUCGCAUGGUUUUGGAGAAAAUUGGUAAUGCUGUGUUCAGACGUAAUCCUGGAGCCAGAAACUAUGUAUCGAUACCCGACGAAGACGAUGACUUGUUUGGUGAUUUUGACGAUAACGUUGAUGAAGAGUUGGCUCAUGGUGCAAGGUUGAGUCAAGAGCAAUACGAUCGUGAUGUAUUUGCUGAUGAUUUUGAGUACGAUGACGAUUUGGAAGACCUUGGCUCUGGUGGCGCUGAUGUAGGUGCUUCAUCAGAGAGAAAUGGAGAGAACACAGACCAUGAUGGCCAUGAUAAGAAGCCGAAAGCACCGGAUAGUGAACGGCUUUUCGAUAUUGACGAUGAAGAUGAAGGGGACGAUAGAGAAUCUGGAAAAGCAGGAAAUGAAUCCGACUCAAAGUAA